UAUUUAUAGCCCUCAUUUCACUUCAUUUGAUAAGCGUAAAUACAGAUUUUCUCCAUAACCGAUAGGGUUACACGGUCUCUGUCUCUCUGGUCUCCUGUUUCUAGUCCAGAACUAAAAGGCCACUUGCCAGCAGGGUAAUCUGUUGUCCUAAUUACAUUUGAAGCAAUCACGGCCACAGAUGGGGCCGAUCUGCGUGGGGCCCGGUGUUACAGCCUGCAGGGAGGAGCUAUCAGUGCGCAGACUGGACUUUAGGAUGUGCCGCAUUGUGUGAGAUGUUCCAGCGGAAUUACGCAGCAUCGUGCCAGAAGUUCAAGAUUUCAGUUUUCCUGGAAAAACAACUUAAAUACAAAUGGAUAUUUACUGGAGUCUGCGAAAAUACGAGAUAAGUUCACCAGCUUUUGUUUUUAAAGUGGUUUUAAAACGCGACUGACGCGAAAAAGAUGUAGUUUUUCUUCACCUUUUACUGAAAGGAUCUCAAAGCCAUGAGUGAAGGAGUCAUGGGCGGAAGGAAUGCGCCAGUUGCGCUCCUCCAGGUGUUCCUCCUGACGCUGUUUUGCGCGCAGUCGCUCGGACGGGUCUUCAACCUGACGCUGUCCGUGAAGGAGGGCCUGCCCGCUAAAACCAUCGUUGGAGAUCUGGGAGCGGUCCUGAGCGCGCCGAGCACCGGCUUCUUCAUCUCAGAGAGCAGAGACUCGUAUGUGUUCAGAGACCUGGAGAUAGACGCGGACACGGGCAUCAUCUCCACGGUGGCGGGCCUGGACAGGGAAAGCAGAGACCGGUACGAGUUCGUGGCAGCUACUCUCACAGGAGAGAUGAUACGGGUGAGGAUAGAGGUGGAGGACGUGAACGACCACUCACCUGUGUUUCCCAGAAAGGAAGUGGAGCUGGGAAUCUCAGAGCUGUGUCCACCGGGGAGUCGCUUUCCGCUUGAAGGCGCAGCAGACCGGGAUGAGGAGGAGUUCAGCACGCGGGGAUACAGGAUCAGAGAGAGUGAGAUGGAAGAAUUGUUCCACUUGGAUUUUCGAAUCGGAUCUGAGAAGCAGCACAGCCUAGAUCUGGUCCUGAACAGCAGAGUAGACAGAGAAACACAGGACUUCUACACUCUGACCAUUGAGGCCUUUGAUGGGGGGAUACCAGCCAGGACUGGGACAGUCCAGGUUGACAUCCGCAUCCUGGAUGAGAACGACAACCCUCCUGUGUUCAACCAGAGUGAAUACCACAGCUCAGUACGUGAGGAUGCUCCCAUCGGGUUCAUUGUCUCUCAGGUGCUGGCCAGCGACCGUGACCUGGGUGACAACAGCAGGAUCACUUAUGAGAUCAAUAGGCGGCAGAGUGACCCCAACCAUGUGUUCUCCAUUAAUGAAACCACAGGAUUUAUUUAUUUGAACAAGCCGCUGGAUUUUGAAAUUCAACCGUUUCAUGAGCUGAUUGUCAGAGCCAGAGACGACGGUGCUCAGCCUGAGUACAGCAGCACCUUUGUUGGUGUCAAGGUGCUUAACAUCAACGAUAACAGCCCCACCAUCAGUGUGCUGUUCCUCAGUGAGACAGGAGAAGCUGUGGUGUCAGAGGCAGCCGCCGUUGGGGAAUACGUCGCCCGGAUUUCUGUGUCAGAUCCAGACCUGGAGGAGCGCGGAAUCAGCGUCUCUCUUGAGGGAGGAGAUGGGAAGUUUACCCUGAAGCAAACAGAUGAUUUUCUGUAUGCGUUGUGUGUCAACUCUGAGCUGGACAGGGAAGAAAAGGAUCUGUAUGAGCUGACAGUGCAAGCAUCUGAUUCUGGAAGCCCUCCUCUGAGCAGUGAGACACUUCUCCUCCUGAAGGUGUCUGAUGCCAACGACUGCCAGCCGGUCUUUGAACAGGAUGUGUACACUGUCAACAUCGCUGAGGAUGCUCCUGAGGGGAGCUCCCUCAUACGAACAAGGGCCCGGGAUGCUGACGAAGGCGUCAACUCAAACAUCAGAUACUCCAUCCUGAAGUCACACCAGGACGGCCUGGUCGCUAUUGACCCGACCUCUGGCCUGGUUACCACGGCCGCAGGCCUCGACAGGGAGACUCAGAUGGAGGUGUGGUUCCUGGUGCUGGCAGAGGAUGGAGGGGAGCCAUCUUUGUCGUCUACUGCUACAGUCACAGUGCUGGUGGAGGAUGUGAAUGACAACGAGCCGGUGUUCCAGCAGCAGCUGUACAACGUGUCCAUACCUGAGCACAUGGACACUGGAAGCUGCUUCAUACAAGUUGUUGCCACGGACGCAGACAGCCCUGAGUUUGGUGCUCUGCUCUACUCCCUGUCGGAUGGAUUUGACAGUCAGGAAAGUCAUCCUCUUUUCCAAAUCGAUCCUCACACAGGAGAGCUGUGUGUCUCUCAGGAUAUCGAUCGGGACGACGGGACGAGUGUCCAUGACAUUUUGAUCAAAGCUGAAGAUCCAGGAGGCCUGAGUGCUCAAACAUACGUUCACAUUGAGAUACAAGACUUAAAUGACAACGCUCCAGUGUUCAGUCCUGAGGAAUACACCGUGAGCGUCAGCAGCCACGCACCUCCUGGUACCGAGGUGGUCAAUGUCAUCGCUACGGACCAGGACUCCGGCCGGUUCGGACAGGUUACCUACGAAAUUCAUCCAGGAGACAUGUCCAGUUUGUUUACACUGGAUACACACACAGGAAUGCUCUUCUUGAACUCUUCUCUGACACACUUGGGUGCAGCCAGCAUGAAGCUCCUAAUAACAGCGCAGGAUGGAGACGGCUUGUCUUCAGCCAGACCCGCAGAAGUCACUAUCAACGUUGUCCAAAGUGCUGAGGCUCCAGCGGUGUUCCUGAGGUCGCGCUACGCCUUCACAGUGCCUGAAGACGCACCGCUGGGAACAUCUGUGGGAACAGUGGAGGCCAGCAGCCUGAGCGAUUCGACGGAGCCCAUUUCUUACCGAAUCUCUUCUGGAAACCUUCACAGUUGGUUUUCUGUCCAUCCAAAGUCUGGUGUGAUCAAUACCAUCAAACCUCUGGACCAUGAGUCUCAGCCUUAUGCCCUGCUGUUCCUUCAGUCCUACACAGACACUUCUCCUAUUUACAGCACCACCCAGGUCAACAUCACCAUCACUGAUGUCAAUGACAAUGCCCCUGUGUUUCCCAAGAGGAGAGACACCAUCACUGUUUCUCGAAGCACUCGGCCUGGAACAGUGCUGUUCAUCGCUCACGCACAUGACCAUGACAGCGGUGCCAAUGGCAUAGUGCAGUAUCAUCUGAAAAGCAGCAGAAGUGAAGUGUUUGCCAUUGACUCAAACCUUGGAAUGGUUAGACUUAAUAAGAGCUUACAUGUGAGCCAACAGCAAAGAUACAACCUGGAAAUCUUGGCAAAAGACGAAGGAAAACCUCCCCUGAGCUCCACCCUGACCCUUUCGGUUAACAUUGACCACACAGCUGCAGAUGACAGCCUGGCCUUUGAGACGCUGGUCUACCAGGUGGAGAUAGGGGAAGGCUACCGCAAAGACUCCCGCGUCAUCCAGGUGAGGGCGCACCGCACCCGAGGGUCUCACACUUCAAACUCAGGUCUCACUUACUCUUUGGAAGCAGAAGCUGGGUUCCCUCCGCCUCCUUUUCACAUCCACCCAAAGUCUGGAUGGUUGUAUCUCUCCAGCAAUCUUGACUUUGAGACCGAGUCAAGAUAUCGUUUUCAGGUGUUGUCCACCUGUGGAGAGGCUUCACUGGCCAAUGUCACAGCAACAGCAAUGGUGAAUGUACUGGUGCUGGACGUCAAUGACAAUCCCCCAGUGUUCAGCAGUGAUGUGUACUACUUCACUGUAUCAGAGGGGUCAUCUCCACAAGGCCUGGUGGGAACAGUCAGAGCCAAGGAUAAGGAUUCUGGGAAGAACAGCCAGCUGUCCUACAUCCUCCUCUCAGAUGGGAAAUACUUCCGCAUCAAUGCUAAAACAGGUGAAAUCAUCAACUGGGUGGCGCUGGACCGGGAGCAACACAGCCAGCACAGCCUGACCGUUAUGGUGACAGAUCAAGGUCACCCUCGUCUCAAUGCCACCGCCAAUGUUCAUGUCCUGGUCACUGACAUCAAUGACAACACUCCACAGUUUAAUCAUCUGCCUUCCAGCAAAGAGCUAAAUGUUCCUAUAUGGGCAGGCGUACCUGCAGGAUUCUUGGUGACCAACAUGUUUGCCAAAGACUUGGAUGCUGGAGAGAAUGGAACCGUCACCCAUUCACUAGUAACAGUUGGAUCAGAGGAGAACGGUCUCAGGCACUUUGAGAUUGACAGUAAAAAUGGAGACAUCAGAACCACGCAGCUCUUCAGUCAGAGAACUGAACCAUUUUACACUCUCAAGAUAACAGCCAGGGAUGGUGGAGCCCCAUCUCUGGAGGACACAGCAGUGGUUCACAUACAGGUUUAUGGGUUGGAGGAUGAGUACGGCAGCUCAGAUCACCAAGCAGUGAGGCAUUUCUCGGUUAGGGAGGACGCCGAGCCUGCAACGGUCAUCGGCUCGGUCAGCGUUUCGGAUGAAGGCAGGUUUCAGUAUAGCAUCGCCGAGGGAGACGGGAGCAUUUUCUUUGGAAUCGACGGCACGUCUGGCGACAUCUAUGUCAACCAGCCACUGGACUACGAGUCUGCCAAGCAGUACUUCCUGGUGGCUCGAGUGGAAGACGUCGGUGCAUCUGUUGGCUUGAACAUUUCUGUGCUGGUGAGCGUGACGGUGGAGGAUGUGAACGACCACGCCCCCUGGUUCCCCAACAAACUGCUGAUGUUCGGUCUGAGGGAAGACGCCGCUGUUGGAUCGUUGGCCUUUGCUUUUCAUGCCAGAGACACAGAUGGGACUUUUGCAAACAGUGCCCUUCGCUACACUCUGACCUUUGACCCUGAAGUCAGUGGAUCAACCCCACACUUCCCCUUUCACAUGAACUCACACACAGGUGCAAUGACAGUUGCGGCACCGUUAGACCGUGAGAGCACGCCGACGUUUGUUUUCACUGUCGCCGCCACAGACCAGGCAGAGAGGAUGGAUGAGCGUAAACAGACGUCAGUGAUGGUCCGGCUCCUCCUGCUGGACGUGAACGAUAACCGGCCUGUGUUCGUGUCUGCUCACUCCGUGCAGCUGAUGGAGGACACGGAGGUGGGCAGUCUGCUGCACCAUUUUGUGGCAAUAGAUGGUGAUCAGGGGGAGAAUGGACUGAUCUCCUACUCCAUUAUAAAUGGAAACAAGAAGGGAUUCUUCUCACUGGAAGAGAAAACUGGCCUUCUGUUUCUCUCUGCCCCUUUGGACUAUGAGACCCAGCGUGUCCACCGUCUGACUGUCCGAGCAGCGGACCAGGGCAUCCCCUCUCUGUCCUCCACCCAGACCCUGACAGUGGAGGUGGGAGAUGUUAACGACCAGACCCCCGUCUUCAGUCAGACCACCUAUGUUACUAGUGUGGUGGAGAAUAAAGGCCCUGGAGAGCCACUGCUCAGAGUCUCUGCCUCUGAUAUGGAUUCAGAGGACAACGCCGUGGUGUGGUACAGCCUGCUGCCGGGCCCUGGCUACGAGCUGUUCAGCAUCAACCCGUACACUGGUCUGAUCACCACCACCACCCACCUGGACCGAGAGCAGCAGCAACAUUUCACCCUCAGAGUCCAGGCUCGGGACAACGGUUUCCGUCCUCUGUUGGGGACAGCCACAGUCUUGUGCUCCAUCCUGGACGACAACGACAACCCUCCAGAGUUUAUGCAGCCACUGUUCCAGAUCAGCCUGCCAGAAAAUCUUUCUCCUGGAGUUAUACAUACAGCUCUUGCCUCUGACUCUGAUCUGGGAGAAAACGGCACCAUCCACUACUCUGUACUAGGUGAGGACUACGGAGGCCGAUUCGCAAUCAACAGUGAGACCGGAGCGGUCAGCAUCAUGCAGGCUCUGGAUCGGGAGGAAAUUCAGAACUACACUCUCACCAUUCAGGCUCAGGAUUCGGGCCCCGCUCCUCUCAGCUCCACCACGCAGCUUCUCAUUCUCCUGCUCGACCAGAACGACAACGCCCCCUCCUUCAGUCCUGAGAGCUACCACGCCUCCGUCAGUGAAGGCUUACCGCCUGGGGCAGAGGUCUUGCAGCUGACCGCCUUCGAUCCCGAUGAGGGUCCCAACGGAGAAGUGACCUACACCCUGACAGAUGACAACAGCCAGGGGGCUUUUUCGGUGGAUCCCUUCACCGGAGUGGUCCGCACCACCAGGUCUCUGGACAGAGAGAGCCAGGCUCUGUACACCCUGAAAGCCGUGGCCACAGACGGCUCCGCUCAGGGCCCACUGAGCUCUGUGGCUUCACUGACCAUUGAGGUGGACGACGUCAACGAUAACGUGCCCGUCUGUGACCAAAACCCACUUCAUGCCUGGGUCUCCAUUAGGACCCAACCAAAUCAGAUAGUGACCACAGCGGUUGCUACAGACGCUGACCAGGGUGAGAACGGGAUGGUCCAGUUCAGGUUUUCAGGCGAGGAGAGUCUGUUUGACAUCAACUCCGCUUCAGGAGAGAUUUCACUCAGGAGGCGAGUGAGGGCGGGUUUCUCUGGCAGAAAGCUGGAGGUCCUGGUCUCAGACCGAGGACGUCCUCCGCAGACCGCCACCUGCCUGCUGUUGGUCCAUCUGAAGGGGGAGCAUGACGGGCUUCAGUUCACAAACAAAGUGUACAACGCUACCGUCAAGGAGAACAGCAGAGCAGGUACUUGGAUUACAAAAGUGGAGGCCAGUGACGACACCAACGGCAGACAGAGGAUAACUUACACCAUAUUUAGUGGCAACGAGAAUGCAGCGUUCUCCAUAAACCGCUACACAGGUGAGAUCCGAGUGCAGAAGGAAAAUUCCCUGGACUUCGAGGUGAGCCCUCAGAUCCAGCUGGUGGUUCUGGCCGACAGUGGGCUGCACACGGCCCACUGCAGGGUCUCCGUCACGCUGCUGGACGUCAACGAUAACGCGCCGCUGUUUGAACUCAGCAACUACAGAACGGCUGUUUGGGAGGGACAAGUUCGUAACACCUACGUCAUGCAGGUGUUUGCCUCUGAUGCUGACAGCAGUGAAAACGGACAGAUUGAGUAUUCCAUCCUGUCAGGAAACAUUAAUGAAGCUUUCAUUCUGGACUCUGUGAGAGGGAUCCUUGCUACCAACGUUCUGCUGGACCGUGAAAUAACUCCCUCUUACAGGCUGAUCUGCUCCCCACAAACAGAACAACAAACCGAACACGUUUCUGUUUCAGAUUUGUUUUCAGAUCCAUCUGAUCGGGGUAAUGUAUCCGAGAUCCACCGCAGAGUGGAAGUGUCAGAGCUGGUCUCAGCUGACACUUUAGUUGUGAAUGUUGCUGCUACUGACAGAGAUUCUGGUCUCAAUGGGAAGAUCAGCUACAGACUUCUUUCUUCUCCUCUUCAUGCCUUCUACAUCCAGAAAGAUAAUGGUUCUAUUUUCACCAACAAGCCUUUAAGGACCAUCACAUACAGCAACAUGCUCCAUCUUCUGGUUGAGGCGAGAGAUGAGGGCGAACCCGUUCGAUCCACAGUCACCUCUGUGGCCCUGGUGCUUGUAGACGCAAAUGACCAUAAACCUUUGUUUCACCAGGAUGUUUACACACUCACUACUGCUGAAGAUACACCCCCAGAAACCACCCUGCUCACAAUUUCUGCACAGGACGAAGAUUGGAGCCCAGAAAACACCCAUUUGGACUACGCCAUCAUCGGCGGAAAUGAAGAAAAGCGAUUCUGUUUAGAAGUGAAAAAGAUUCCUGUUGAAAAUCAAAUGAAAAAUGUCGGACGGCUGGUUUUGUGUAAUCCCUUGGACCGUGAGACAACUGAGUAUUAUGAAUUGACAGUUAGUGUUUCUGAUCGAGGAACGCCUCCCCUGAACAGCUCAUCGAUCAUUAAAGUGACUGUUACUGACUGCAAUGACAAUGCUCCGGUCUUCUCCAGUGCAGAGUACCAUGCAGAGGUGAGUGAAAGCAGCCAGAUAGGAACCAGCUUAGUCCACGUUAGUGCUCUGGAUCCUGAUCUUGGUGUCAAUGGCCUUGUGCAUUAUGAAAUUAUUUCUGGGAACAGUAAAGGUCACCUCAAGCUGGACCCCCAGUCUGGCAUUUUGAUGGUCAACCAAUCACUUGACUAUGAGGAGGAUUUAAGGUAUAUCCUCACCAUCAGAGCUACCGAUGGGGGCCAGGCAUCAGAAAACCAAAACAUGGCUUUCGCAGUUGUCUUUGUUAAUGUUCUGGAUGAGAAUGACAACACUCCAUUCUUCAUGUUCCCCUCAGUUACCUGCUCAGUGCUGGAAAACCUCCCAGCAUUCACCCAUACAUGUUCUGUCCACGCUGUUGACAAAGACUCUGGGCCCUAUGGCCUGCUGACCUACUCAAUUCUGUCCUCUUGCUUCAUGGACUAUGGCAGUGGAAGCCCAGAGAGGAAGGAGGCCUUUGCCAUUGAUGCCCUUACUGGUGACAUUCACACUAGACAAACAUUUGACUAUGAACGUGAGAAUGAGUACUGCUUUGUAGUGGAGGCCAAAGACAAAGGUGACAAAUCAGCUACGGUAAGAGUCCAAGUAGCCAUAAAGGGAGUAGAUGAGUUCAGUCCCAUCUUCACUCAGAAGCAGUACCACUUCCUUCUUCCAGAAAAUCCCAACACCGGGAAGACAGUUGGUUUUGUGAUGGCAAUGGACCAUGAUGGAGGAGUGGACGGGCUGGUAGAGUACUCGCUUUUGACUCCAUCUCCAUUUUUUUCAAUUAACAAAACAAUUGGAGCUAUCUUUGUGUCUGGUCCCGUGUAUCGCAGAAGAAUCAGCCAUGCAAGUGAGGAUAUGGUGGAACUGGUCGUGACUGCAGGUAGUCCCAGACUGGGUUCCAGAACAACAACUUGCUUAGUUUUUGUCAAUAUCUCCAGCUCAGCCGAAGCACUUACUGGGGUUCAGCAUGAUUCCCACAUAUUUAGUCUGAGUCUGUCGCUGCUUUUGUUCGUCUUUGUCCUAGUUAUCUUUGUGGGCUUGGUUCUCAGAUGUAAAGUUAAAGAAGCUGUCCUGAAAAAGGCCUCUGCCAUUGCUGCACAGUUGAACCAUGGUACUGACUCAUCCGGUGAAUCAAACAGCCAGAUGCACAGUGACGUUUCCUUGCAGGAGUUGACGCAAGUCGAAGGUUUUGUUGCAAAGAGAGACGUUUCUAACCCAUACACCCAGUCAGAUUCAAGUGGCCGUGGAUCAGCAGAGGGUGAGACAGCUGAGGAUCAGGAAAUCAAGUGGAUCAAUGAGUUUCCCUGUUAUAAAAGAGAGAAAGUCAACAAGCUUACCACAGAGAUCCCCAACUCCACCCUACCAGUUGAUAAGAGCUCCUGCCACUCUAUUGACGUAGGGCCAGAACAUAUUUUAUCUCUUACUAAAUGUUUAGCACAGGGCAUAGCAAGCACAGAAAGUCUCAACCAUUUCCAAGAGGAGGGAGGAGGAGAGGAAUUACUUCCUGCAAUACUUAGAGUUAAAGAUUUAGAGGAUUCCAUGGGGGCAAGAGGGUAUGCCCCUCUCUCCAAGGCUCAAGCUUCUGCAGAUUCUCUGACUUCACUGGUGUGCCUUGAAGAGCCACUGGAGGGUAGCUACAGCUGGGACUUCCUUUUAGACUGGGAACCACGCUUUCACUCUCUGGCUGCUGUGUUCACUGAUAUAGGUAUGCUUCCUGAUGAGGAGCUUCAAGGAGGCCAUGAGGACUUUGCUACAGAGUCAAGUUCUCUCAUGUACCCACCACCUCUCAUAACCGGAGUGGCUCAGCCAGGCAUUCGGACUGUUCCUCCGAGAAAACCUGGACGAGUACCAACCCUGAGCAGGAAGCCUUCCUACCCUAAAUAUGCUUAUUCUCCAUUAGCCAGGAACACAGGACUCACCCCGUCAGCUAUGACACCCACUUUCACCCCAUCACUGUCCUCUCUCACCAUGAGGACCCCCAGCUCCUCACCAGUUGUCUCGGACACAGGAGUUGGAGGGAUUAGACUUGACUCAGGGCCUCAUACUGCAAGCCUUUUGGAGGCUGAAAUCCAAGUGUAGGCACGGACCAUUUUAAAUGUAACAAUGAAUCCAGUGCUUGAAAUAUUCUGGUAAUAUCCUGCACAGUUAGUUAUUGACAUUUUAAGAUGUGCCUGAUCAUUUGUCCAGCAUCAUCCAAAUGCCUGUUAUCUCUAAAAGCUUUUCUUAUACCAAAAGUGGAUUCCAUGAGCCACACUACAGUUUUAUGCUGCAGUGAAGAAAGUAAAAUCUAAUCCCUUCCAGCGUAAACGUGCAUGCAGCUCGGUGGCACCUGCACACUUUGACUAAGCCCGCACUGCCAAAAGACACAGGAUAUCUAUCAAAGUGCUCCGGAUUGUCCCACAACGCUCUUUCCUGAUCCAUAUUUCAUUUUCUGUCUCGUUGUAGCAUGGGCACUUUUUUUUUUUACUU